ACGAAAUCCGCGACAAAACACGUCACUCGAGAUCGCCGCCACACACAGCAUGAGUGGCGCAGGGCAGAAUGGAUCCAACCCCAGCGUGAAGGCGAUCUUCGUGCUCGACGUUGAAGGCACCCGGCUGUGUGCCAAGUACUACGACCGAGUCGCGUAUCCGUCGUUGAAGGAACAAACUGCACUCGAGAAGAAGAUCUGGAGCAAGACCAAGACCAUGAAUGCGCGGCAAGAAGCUGAGGUCAUCCUCCUGGACAGCGUCGUGUCUGUCUUCCGUUCCCACAGCGAAAACACCAUGUUUGUCGUGGGUGCUGCCCAUGAGAACGAGUUGAUCCUUCUGAACGUGCUCGAUGGCGCGUUUGAAGCUGUCAGCAACAUGCUGAAAGGCCAUCUCGAUCGCCACUCGAUCCUGGACAACCUCGAGCUCGUCCUGCUCACGUUCGACGAAGUGUUGGACGGCGGCGUCAUCUUCGAGACAGAUACUCAGGCCAUCGCGAACCGCGUGCUUAUGCGGGGCAUCGACAACGACGUGCCGCUGACCGAGCUCACGUUUGGCCAAGCUUUCCUCAGUGUGCGGGAGCAGUGGUCCAAGUCGUUCCGCAGCGGCUAGAUCUCCGGUCGUGAUGGUCGCCGAGGUCCAUGCACCUUUUCGAACGUUCAUAUACUCGUUUCCCUUGCCCGAGCA